AUGGCACCUGCACAGCACAACCCAGCGCCCGCGCCCGCGCCCGCUAAGAAGGGCAAGGGCAAGAAGGCGACAGACCCCUCGGAACAACAGAAGCAGAUCCAGGCCAAGAUUGCUCAACUCGAGCUGGAUCAGGCAGGAGACAAGGAGCAGGAACUUGAAAUCGAACGCGAAGUCAAGAAAGCAAACCGUGAACUCUCCUCCCUCCUUUCCAACAUGGACGGCCCGCUGUCUCGUCUCGAAGUUGUACAGAAACGAUAUACCGAGCUCCUAUCCGAUAUGAAGCGCACGGAGCGCGAACACCAGAAAGCGAAGAAGCGCGGAGAUCAACUACAAAAAGAGAAGGAUGCGCAAAGGUCUGAGUUGAACAAGGUUACAACUAUGAAGGACAAACUGGACAAGCUGUCGCGUGACUUUGCAAAGGAAAACAAGAAACUCAAGGACGAACUACACAAACUCGAAACUAGCGAAUCUACCGCCAGGCAAGAACUGCACGAGCGUCUUGAACAUCUAGUGAACGAUGUGGAUGAUUGCAUAGCAGCUGCGAAUGGGCCGGAGCCUCAGAAUCAAGCCGAGCAGGAAUUGGAUGAGCUGUUUCGUCAAAAGUUCAAAUCGUUCAUUGACCAGUACGAGUUGCGCGAGUUACAAUAUCACUCAAUGCUUCGACUCAAAGAGCUCGAGAUACAAUAUCACGCCGCCCGUUUAGAGCAGCAGCGCAAACAACAGGAGGCCGAGUCGUCAAAGUCGCACCAGUUGACGCGUCAAGUGUCGACCUUCUCUCAAACCGAGACCGAGCUACGCACGCAACUCAACAUAUACGUGGAGAAGUUCAAACAGGUCGAGGAAACGCUCAACAACUCGAACGAUCUCUUCCUUACGUUCCGCAAGGAAAUGGAGGAAAUGUCCAAAAAGACCAAACGUCUCGAAAAGGAGAACCAAAACCUGCAGCGUCACAAGGAUAUUACCAACCGCAAUAUUGGCGAAAUGGUGGAAGAGCGCCAGAAGAUGCAAGAAGAGCUUGUAAGGAGGACCAAGGAAGCUGAAGACCAGCGGAAGAAGAUCGCUCGCCUGGAAACGUUAUGUCGUGGGAUGCAAGCACAGGGUCGAGGUCAGGUACCGAUGCAUGAGCUGGAGCAUGACGAGGAGGACGAGGAAAUCACGGAGAGUGAGUACGAAUAUGAGGACGAAGAUAGCGCAGAGUAUGACGACGACACUGAGGAAGACGGUGUUGAACCGGCACCUGAGCGUCGACCAUUCGGACCUGUUCCCCCACCUCCACCGCAGCCUCAAGCUGCACAGGGAAAAGUCAAUGGGCACACACAGGUCAAUGGGCAAAUGAAUGGAGUCAAACGCUAA